UGGUGGUAAAUCAGCCUCCUGAGCAAAUGCAUGCAUAGACUGCAUUGCACUUCUUGGAAUGGCGUGUCAGUAAAGGAAAUGUUCGCCACUCGAUGCGAGUUAGCGUCCAGCGGGAGCUUGGUUGGCGUUCUAAGAUGAUCGAAAUUGGCUAUCGUCGGAGUGCACAAGCGCCUGACAGAAGGGUGUUAGAAUUCAGGCCGAUGCGUUCAUGAGAACGCCUAUUGCGUCCGCGAUCAUAUAUCUAUGUAGCGAUUAUCUCCAAUUUUGCUUUAGCCGCCCAAUUUCUGUCGGUAUUGUAGCUUUUUCAGGAUACCCGCGCUACCCGCGCUGAAAACAGCGUUCUUGCCGCCGCACGCGUGCCGCUUGGCAGCCUCCUGACAUCCGCCUGACAGAAGCCUGACGAAGGCCUGACGGAGGCCUGACGGAGGCCUGACCUGCCUGACCCAGGUUUGACCGAGGUGGCACCGGAGGCGAACCAUGGCUGACGGCGUCGCUGCUGCUGCCAGCCUCACCAUCGGUGACGAGCGGCAGGCGGAAGCUGACGUGGCAGUGACAAUAGCGGACGGGAGUGCUGCAGGCGCGCAGAAAGCCGGCAGGGAAGCGGCGCGCGAUGGGGAGAGUCUGGAAGCGGGGAUGCUGCAGGGCGGGGCGGGGAAGGACUCGAGCCGGGCGGAGCUGUGGGAGGGCGGGGAGGAAAAGAAUGGUGGAAGCCGUGGUGACGCGCGCCAGCAGCAUGGGGAUGCGCCUCAUGGGUGUGGGGACGUGCAGCGCAUGCGCCGGGGGGAGCGGCAGCGGGUGGUGGAGGCGGCGCUGGAGACAGUGGAGCAGGACAACGAGGCGGUGAUGGCGAAGAUGCGGGCGCGGCUGGACAGGGUGAAUCUGGAGCCCCCAUCAGUGGAGAUUCGAUUUGAGGAUGUCAGUGUGGAGGCUAGGGUGUAUGUGGGCAAGAGAGGACUGCCCACCCUCCCUAACUUCACACUCAAUAUGAUCACAUCCUGGCUGCGCAGCAUGCGCCUGCUGCCCGACGCGAGGCGCCGCUUCCCCAUCCUCCACGGCUGCAGCGGGGUGCUCAAACCGGGCAGGAUGACGCUUCUCCUUGGCUCACCUGGCGCUGGCAAGACCACACUCAUGACUGCCCUGGCUGGCCACCUGGACAGGCACCUGAAGCUCGCCGGCUCCAUCACGUACAAUGGGCAGGAGCUGAAAGAUUUCAACCCUGCCCGAACAGCGUCUUGUGUGCCACAGACCGACGAGCACAUUGGCGAGAUGACCGUUAGGGAAACCCUUGACUUCUCCGCUCAGCUGCAGGGCCGCGGGCCGUUCAGAGUGCUUGUGGAGGAGUUGGAGAGGAGGGAGAGGGAGAUGGGGGUGGAGCCGGAUGCGACAACAGCCCUGCUGAUGAAGGCCAUGGCAGUGGAGGCCAACCCGUCCAACAUGGUCACCAACUAUCUGCUGCAGCUGCUGGGGCUGGGCAUCUGUGCGGACACAGUGGUGGGCAAUGCUUUGGUGCGAGGCAUUUCAGGCGGGCAGAAGAAGAGGCUGACCACAGGCGAGGAGAUGGUGGGCAUGAGACAGGUCCUCCUGAUGGACGAGAUCAGCACGGGCCUCGACUCCUCCACCACCUUCCUCAUCGCGCGCUGCCUGCACCACCUCACGCACGCGCUGCGCACCACCACGCUCGUCGCGCUGCUGCAGCCUGCCCCCGAGACCUUUGCGCUCUUCGAUGACGUGCUACUGCUGGCAGAGGGCCAUGUGGUGUACCACGGGCCCCGGGAGGGCGUCAUGGGGCUCUUCCAGUCACUUGGGUUCGACUGCCCGCGCAGGAAGGGAGUUGCGGACUUCUUAUUGGAGGUGACGUCAGCCAAGGACCAGGCGCAGUACUGGGUGGACCGGUCUCAGCCGCACGAGUUCAUGGCGCCUGGCGAUAUCGCCGCCGCCUUCCGCCACUCCGCCAGCGGCAAGCAGAGGCAGGCAGAGCUGGCGGCCCCCUUCCCGCCCACAGAUGCGUCCAAGUCAGCACUGGAGUUGGCGCCCUAUGCCCUCUCGGCCACUCAGAUGCUGACAGCUGUCUUCGCCCGGGAGUGGCUGCUGAUGAAGCGCAACGCGCUGCUCUACAUGGCGCUCAUCAUGCAGGUCAUAUUCACAGGGCUCAUGUCAUCCACAGUGUUCCUGUACACGCAGCGCUCCAUCACCGCCAAGGACGGCAACAUCUACCUGGGGGUGCUGUUUCUGGGGAUCACCAUGAUGCUCUUCAACGCUUUCUUCGAGCUCCUGCUCUUCACGCUGCGCCUCCCCAUCUUCUUCAAGCAACGGGAUGCGCGCCUCUUCCCCGCCUGGGCGUGGGUGCUGCCCAUGGCGCUGCUCUCGCUGCCGCUUUCUGUGGUCGUCGCGUCCCUCUGGACGGUCUGCACCUACUUCCUUGUUGGCUUUGCGCCCGAGGCUGGAAGGUUCUUCAUCCAGCUGCUCAUCUUCUUCCUCAUCCACCAGGUGGGCGUGGCGCUCUUCCGCCUGCUGGGCGCGUUGGGCCGCAACCUGGUGGUGUCCGUCACCCUGGGCAACUUCUGCUUCAUCCUCCUCUUCCUGCUCGGGGGCUUCAUUGUUGCCAAAAACGACAUCCGGCCGUGGUUCAUCUGGGCGUACUGGAUGUCGCCCAUCACCUACGCACAGAACGCCAUCUCUGUCAACGAACUGCUCGCCCCCCGGUGGCAAGUGUCCACAGCGCCCCUGGUCCCCAACUCCACGGUGGGGCUGGUGGUGUUGGCGGGGCGCGGGCUGCCCUCGGAGAGCAAGUGGGUGUGGAUCGGCGUUCUGGCACUCAUCGGCUUCACUCUCCUCUUCAACGGACUCAUCGUCGUCGCCCUCUCCAUCCUCCACCCAUGGGCCAAGGACCAGCCAGUGACAGAGGAGCAGCUGGAGGCCAGGGUGGAGGCAGCAGUGGGCCUCACGCCCACCACAGCCACCAGCAGACGCCUCUCCAGGCGCUUCAGCAGCAGCAAGGGCAAUGCUGGCGGCGGCGAUGGUGGGGGGGACAUGGGCUCGCUGCCCAUCAGCAUCAGCAUCACCCGCACCCAGUCAGGGCAAAGCUCCCGCUCUGUGGGGUCCCGCAGUGGAGCCCUCGAGCGGUACUGUGAGAGAGUCUCCUCCUCUCGCUCCCUCGGCGGCCCACUCGAGCCCUCUCUGUCGCGUGACCUCUCCGUGCCGCCCGCCACCACGCGCGGCAUGGUGCUCCCCUUCCAGCCGCUGCCCCUGUCGUUCCACAACGUGUGCUACUGGGUCGACAUGCCACCCGCCAUGCGCUCCCAGGGGGGGGACACGCCCUCCCGCCUGCAGCUCCUGAGGAACGUCUCUGGGGCGUUUCGCCCAAAAGUGCUGACGGCACUGGUGGGGGUGACGGGCGCGGGGAAGACUACUCUCAUGGAUGUGUUGGCAGGGCGGAAGACGGGGGGAUAUAUCGAGGGGGAUGUGCGCGUGGCGGGGCACCCGAAGGUGCACAAGACGUUUGCGCGCGUGUCGGGGUACUGCGAGCAGAGCGACAUCCACUCCCCGCAGGUCACGGUGCAUGAGUCGCUGCUGUUCUCGGCGUGGCUCAGGCUGCCAGCCGACAUCGACAGGGACGUGAGGGAGGAGUUCGUGGAGGAGGUGAUGGAGCUGGUGGAGCUGGACGUGCUGCGGGGCGCGCUGGUGGGGCUGCCGGGGGUGAGCGGGCUGUCCACGGAGCAGAGGAAGCGGCUCACCAUCGGGGUCGAGCUGGUGGCCAACCCCUCCAUCAUCUUCAUGGACGAACCCACCUCAGGUCUGGAUGCGAGGGCAGCGGCCAUUGUGAUGCGCACGGUGCGCAACACAGUGGACACGGGAAGGACUGUGGUGUGCACCAUCCACCAGCCGUCCACCGAUAUCUUUGAGGCGUUUGACGAGCUGCUUCUAAUGAAGACAGGAGGACAGGUUAUUUAUAUGGGGCCUCUGGGGGUCAACUCGAAGCAUCUCAUCAGCUAUCUUGAGGCAAUACCCGGGGUGGCCCCCAUCCCCGAUGGCUACAACCCUGCCACGUGGAUGCUUGAAGUCACAGCGCCUGCUGCUGCUGAGAGCAUUGGGGCCGACUUUGCAGAAAUAUUUUGCAGCUCGCAGCUUUUCAGGGACAACGAGGCGCUGAUCGCUCCCUCUCCUCUCCCGCUCCCAACUCCGCGCCCACUGCACUUCCCCACGCGCUACGCCACCUCCUUCCUCACGCCAGUUCGCCGCCAACUUCUGGAAGCGCCCCUCAUGUACUGGCGUGCGCCCGACUUCAAUGCCGUGCGCUUCUUCCUCGCGGUGUGCAUGUCGCUGAUCAUGGGCGCCAUCAUGUUCAGCUUCGGGCCACUCCCACACCACGCAGCAGGAGGUGCUGAACGUGAUGGGCGCCCUCUACGUGACGGCCCUUCUCAUGGGGUGGAACGCAGCCACGUCCCUCCAGCCCAUGCUGUGCACCGAGCGCACUGUCUUCUACCGAGAGCGCGCCGCCGGGCUGUACGGGUCUCUCCCGUAUGCUCUGGCGCAGGGUGCGAUCGAGGCGCCGUACAUAGUGGUGGAGGCGCUUGCUGCUGUGCGUGAUCACAUAUGCGCUGCUGGUGCU